AUGGCUGCUCCCAGCGUCCCCGAAAUAAAAUCCGCCUUAACCUUAUCGAUUCGAGGGAAGCCAGAUUUAUAUCUUAUUUCUGAAGAAGAUACUAUCUAUGAGCAGGAUAUCCUUCGCGAUCCAGGCAGUACGAAGCCUUGGUUGGCAUACAUCGAGUUCAAAUUUCAGCAUGGCACAAAACUUGAGCAAGCUUUCGUUUUGGAACGAGCUUGUUUACAAUUACCCAGAUCUUAUAAGUUAUGGAAAAUGUACCUUACAUUACGAAUGAAGCAUUUGGGAAAGUUGAAUCCUGCAGCUUUUGCCCCCGAAUAUGCCAAAGUCAACGCGCUUUACGAAAGAGCCUUGAUCCUAUUGAACAAGAUGCCGAAAAUCUGGGAGAUGUACCUUCAAUUUUUGCUACUCCAACCCCUCGUUACUCUCACGCGCCGAACUUUCGAUCGAGCACUUCGAGCUUUACCCAUUACACAACAUAACAGAAUAUGGGCCCUUUACCGUCCUUUUGCGAAUUCCGCGUCAGGUUCUACAGCUGUCAAGAUAUGGCGACGUUACAUGCAGAUCCAUCCGGAGGAUGCCGAAGAUUUUAUUGAACUCUUAAUUGAGAUGAAACUUUAUACUGAAGCCGUCAAGAAAUAUAUGGAUAUACUUAAUAACCCAAAAUUCCGGAGCAAACAUGGAAAGGGCCAUUAUCAAUUAUGGAGUGAGAUGGUAGAUCUCCUUGUGGAGCAUGCCAAGGAAGUUGAAACUGGAGAUGAAAUCGGAAUUGAUGUCGAAAAAAUUAUUCGAAGUGGCAUUGAUAGAUUUGCGGAUCAAAGAGGAAAAUUAUGGUCCGGCUUAGCAACAUACUGGAUCACUCGGGGUAGUUUUGAACGGGCACGAGAUGUAUUUGAAGAGGGAAUCACUACAGUUAUGACCGUUCGGGAUUUCACACUGAUAUUCGAUUCUUAUGCCGAAUUUGAGGAAUCGAUUACUGGGGUUCUAAUGGAAGCGGCUGCAGUUCGAUCAGAGAAGGGUAUUGUGGACGAAAAUGCAGACUUUGAUUUGGAUAUUCGAAUGAUGAGAUUCGAGCAACUUAUGGAUCGUCGACCAUUCUUACUAAACGACGUAUUAUUGCGGCAAAAUCCAAACAAUGUACCCGAAUGGAUGAAACGUAUUUCUCUGUGGGGGGACAACAAAGUUGAAGUGGUUAAAGCAUACACAGAUGCGAUUGCUGCUAUUCAGCCGAAGAAAGCUGUUGGACAGUUCCACGAGUUAUGGUCAAAUUACGCCAAGUUCUACGAGGAGGGUGGGGAUUUACGUAACGCUCGUGUUAUCUUCGAAAAGGCAGUGAAAGUACCUUUCAAAUCUGUAGCGGAACUUGCCGAUACUUGGAUUGAAUGGGCGGAGAUGGAAUUAAGAAACGAAAACUUCGAUGAAGCUGUAAAGAUUAUGGCAAAGGCAGUUCAGGCACCCAAGCGGUCUAAUGUUGAUUAUUUCGACGAGACUCUUUCACCUCAACAAAGAGUUCACAAGAGCUGGAAGUUGUGGAGUUUCUAUGUAGACUUGGUGGAGAGUGUUAGCACAUUGGAAGAGACCAAGAAGAUAUACGAACGGAUAUUCGAACUUCGAAUUGCAACACCACAAACUGUUGUCAAUUACGCCAAUUUACUGGAGGAGAAUAAAUAUUUCGAAGAGUCAUUCAAAAUUUACGAGAGAGGACUCGAUCUAUUCAGUUAUCCGGUAGCAUUCGAACUCUGGAAUUUAUACUUGACCAAGGCAGUUGAUAGAAAAAUUGGUAUCGAACGUCUUCGAGAUUUAUUCGAGCAAGCAGUCGAAGGAUGCCCUCCUGGAUUUGCCAAAGUAUUGUAUCUUAUGUAUGGAAAUCUUGAGGAGGAGCGGGGUCUAGCAAGACAUGCGAUGAGGAUUUACGAAAGAGCAACUCGAGCUGUCUCUGAUGAGGAUCGCGCAGAUAUGUUCAACUUUUAUAUCACCAAGUCGGCUUCCAACUUCGGUUUACCUUCGACAAGACCAAUUUAUGAAAGAGCUAUUGCGGCACUACCAGACAAAGAUGCCAGAGAUAUGUGUUUGAAAUUCGCCGAUAUGGAGAAACGAUUGGGCGAGAUUGAUCGUGCAAGAGCGAUUUACGGACACGCAUCACAAUUUUGCGAUCCUCGAACAAGUCCAACCUUUUGGUCAAAAUGGGAAUCUUUCGAGGUUCAACAUGGAAACGAAGAUACGUUCAAAGAGAUGCUUCGUAUCAAGAGAAGUGUUCAAGCACAAUAUAAUACGGAUGUCAAUUUCAUUGCUUCUCAAGCUCUUGCUCGAAGUCAAGCGAAACCUGAUGAGGAUGGAGAAGGAGCUGCGGAUGCAAUGGCAGCAUUAGAACGCGAGGCAAGAGCUCCUGUUGGAUUCGUACCAGCAAGCACAGGUCCUCAAGGAGGAAAUAUUAAGCAACCAGCAAUAGUUGUUACUGAAAACCCUGAUGCUAUCGAAUUAGAUGGUAUGGAUGAUGAUUGA